AUGAAUACAAAGACAGAGGGACACACACACACACACACACAACAUUAGAUUAAACAUGUGCUUCCUAAAUAUCAUUCAUUAAAAUCCUAUUCCUCUCCCCAUCUUCUCCGUUCUCCAAUAACUUUUUUUAAGAAAAAAAUGACUUCAUCUUCUUCAGAACACCCACAAAUUCCCCUCCCUCUGAAACCCAUCCCCGGCAGCUAUGGCUUCCCCAUCUUUGGACCCAUCAUAGAUCGCUACCAUUACUUCUACAUCCAAGGCAGAGAAACCUUCUUCCGAUCCCGAAUGGCCAAGUACAAUUCCACUGUGUUCCGUACCAACAUGCCGCCAGGUCCCUUCAUCUCUUCCAAUUCCAAAGUAAUCGUCCUUCUCGACGCCCUCACUUUUCCGAUCCUCUUCGACACCACUAAAGUUGAGAAACGCAACGUUCUCGAUGGAACUUACAUGCCCUCCCUUGCCUUCACUGGAGGCAUUCGUACUUGUGCUUUCUUAGACCCAUCUGAAACAGAGCACUCUGUUCUCAAACGCCAUUUCCUCAAAUUUCUUGCCUCUCGUCACCACCAAUUCAUUCCUCUCUUUCGAACCUCCAUCUCCGAGAUGUUUGAUAAACUUGAAAAGGAAUUACAAAACAAUAACGUCGCCAAUUUUAAUCCUAUCAGUGAUUACGCAUCCUUUGAUUUCAUUUUCCGAUUGCUUUCCGAUCGCAGCCCCGAUAAGAAUUUCAGCUCCGAGGGACCGGGUUUAGUCGACCGAUGGCUUACUAUGCAGCUCGCUCCAUUAGCUACACUUGGUUUGCCCAAAAUUUUCAGCUGCUUUGAAGAUCUCAUCAUCCAUACUUUCCGUUUACCGUUCGCACUCGUUAAAAGCGCUUACAGGAAGCUCUACGAAUCGUUUUACGAGUCGUCAGGUUCAUUUCUAGACGAAGCCGAGAAACAGGGAAUAAACAGAGAGAAAGCAUGUCAUAAUUUAGUGUUUUUAGCUGGAUUCAACGCAUACGCCGGAAUGAAAGUGUUGUUGCCGAUUCUGCUGAACUGGGUUGGAUCUGCCGGCGAGGAGCUUCAUCGGAAACUAGUGGGCGAAAUCAGAGCCGCCGUGAAGAUAGACGGGGGAAUAACAUUCGGGGCUUUAGAGAAGAUGAGUCUGCUGAAAUCCGUGGUGUACGAGGUUCUGAGGAUCGACCCGCCGGUGCCGUACCAAUACGCAAAGGCGAAACAAGACAUUGUGAUAGAGAGCCAUGAUUCUGCUUUCGAGAUCAAGAAAGGGGAAAUGAUUUUUGGGUAUCAGCCGAUUGCGACAAAAGAUCCGAAAGUGUUUGAGAAUGCGGAGGAGUUUGUGGGCGAAAGGUUCGUGGGCGAGAAAGGGGAGAAGCUUUUGAAGUAUGUUUAUUGGUCAAAUGGUCGGGAGACGGAGGAGCCAACGGCGGAGAACAAGCAGUGUCCGGCGAGGGAUCUGGUGGUGCUGAUGUGCAGAGUAGUGUUGGUGGAACUUUUCCUCCGUUAUGAUACGUUCACCGUCGAGGGAACCCGGUCGUCGUUGGGUUGGUCUGUGAAGGUGAAAUCGUUGACUAAAGCCUAAUCGCUAUCAACGGUUGCGCCAGCUUCCUCUAAGCUCUACGCCUUUCAAACAAAUAAAGACUGAAAUUCAUUUUUAGUCCUAAUUACUCUCUUCAAUUUUUAAAUUAUGACCUUAUUUCCAAUU